AUGUCUGACGAGGUCUUCCGCCGUGUCGGCCGUGGAGGAGCCGGCAACUGGUACAGCAAGAAGGACGUGGAGGAAGCCGAGAAGCCGGAGGAUCGCAUCGAGAUCCCCGAGCAGGACACUUCUUCCGCGGCCAUUCGAGCGUCUCCGGCUCCCUAUGCUCGUGGUGGCCGUGGCGGUGCCGGCAACUUCUUUGACUCCCAGUCCGUUGCCGCCGUUGCUGUCGAGCGUCAAGACGAGGCCGUUCGCCUGCAGGCAGCCGCCAGUCCCAGCGGCUAUCCUCGCAAGCCGGCGGCGUACUCGGGUCGCGGGGGCGCCGGCAACUGGACCGGAGCAAUUGCGGCAGCCGAGCAGGAGCAGGAGGCCAAGGAGCGGCAGAAGCAGCAGCAACAGGCCGUGAUGGAGGCGCAGAUCCGCCAAGACGUCGAGGCUGGCCUGGCCAUGCCGGCACCAGCCUACCAUGCAAAACCUGCACGGGACGGACAGAAGACACCGGCAGGCGGCUUGUGA